ACCCUCACGACUUGCUGGGGGCCUGUUUGUGCACUUCCUGACAUUUUAGCUGAGCCGAACCUCGAAUCGUGGAUGACACUGAGCAACGGGCACGAUCCCACUUGUGGACUCACGACGUCUUUCAUCUGAUUCUUACAACCUACUCCAUCGGAGUGUCUAGACCACGAGGGACCACUGCAGGCGCAAACUUGAGGCUUAUUACCAACCAAGACCACGUUGACGGGUGCCUCGUUCUCUCCCAAGCACCUGUCACAUUCCGGCAGGAUGACUGAUCAAGACGUGCCGAAGACGGAGACGCCGGUGGAGACUACUGCGGAAGGCUCCACUGCACCCGCUGCGCCUGCUGUCGAUCCUCAGACCGCUGCCGCGGCUGCCGGCGUUCCUGAUGCUCUGGACCCAUCUGCCAUCGAGAAGCAUGUGGCUCUGAGCGAAGUAGCUCGCCAAAUCUCCUUCUAUUUCGGCGAUGCGAACUACCCCUUCGACAGGUUCUUGUUCAUGCUAAGCAGGAAAAGCCCAGAAGGUUGGGUGCCAAUCUCCAUCAUUGCUUCUUUCAAGCGUAUGAAGCCCAUGCGCUCUCUUUUGACCGACGAGGAGAUUGCCGCCUCCGUAGAAGAGGCCAUGCAACUUCAGGAGGAUCCGCUCGUGGAGGUGGACGAAUCCAAGACCAAGAUCAGACGCAAGAGGGAGCUCGUGCCAAAGAAGGAUGCUUUUGCCAGAAGCGCAUAUGUCAAAGGCUUCGGAGAGGAGACUGGCGAGCUUCAGAAGGAUUUGGAAGCUUUCUUUGCCGAGUACGGCGACAUUGCUCAAGUACGCUUGCGCCGCGACAAGGGCCGUGGGUUCAAAGGGAGCGUCUUCGUCGAAUUCAACAAUUUCAAAGAACUUCAACAAUUUGUUCAAUUGGGCCAGAAAGCUGACGACGAUGACGAGCGACCCAAGUGGGAGGGCCACCCACUGCAAAUCAUGACAAAGGAGGCUUACUGCGACAUGAAAAUGGAAGAGAAGGGCAUUGACAAAACCAAGAGCUCGGUGUAUCGUGGAAAGGAGUCCAAAGAGACUGGCCCAGUGCGCUUCAACGCUUUCAGGGAGAUGGAGAGAGAGGCCGCUGGGCUGCCGGCAUGGCACGAUACCGACUCUCAACAGUCGGGUGCUGCCCCGAAACCAAACCGCAAGCCCGACCGCAGCGAGCCUCUGGAGCUCGAGUUCAACGGCAAGACGCUCACCACUCGAGCUGAUGGAACUGUUGAUCCUGACGAGGUGGCUUUCCCUGAGCAGAGCGUUCUUGCAUUUGAAGGAGCUGGGGAGGGGGGACACUGGCGGGACCUGAAGGAGACUCUUUUGACCAUCCUUCCGACGUCCUUCGUGGAGUUUCCCGAGGGCGCCGUGAAGGGCGCGGUGGGCUUCACCACCCCGGUGGCGGAGGACAAAUUCAAGGAGAUCAUCGAUCGCGCCAUUCUUGUUGGUGGGCAGCCUGUCACCUGGUCUCGCGUCGCUGAUCAGGACGCCAAGAAGUUUUAUAUUGACAGGGCCAACUUCAGAGCCAAGUGGCUUCUGGAUGCGCGCUCCAACCCGACAAACGGGCAUGGCCGGGGCGGCAAGAGCGGACGCGGUGCCAGGGGAGGACGAGGAGGUGGCGGCGGUGGUCGCGGCGGACGGGGUGGCAGGGGCAGUGGAAGAGGUGGCGGACGAGGUGGCAGGGGUGGUCAAUCCUUCUCGAGGAGUUCAGAUAGGAAACGAGAGAAUGGGGACCAAGGCGAUUCUGACAGACCCAAUAAGCGUCAAGCCACCGAUGCCCCACCAGUCAUUGGAUCGGCUGUCAAGCGCGAGGAGUAGAGCGCCCCGUUCGCAAGACCGUAUCUGGAUGCAAGAGGACCCCCACGCCUCGCCUCCACAGCACAAUUUGAUGUCGAGCCGAUGUCGAAGAAUGCAUCACUGGCUCGAUCUCAAACAGCUUCGCGCAAACUCAGGAGGCGGGGAGCGCUCUGCGUCGUGUUCGAGGCGAGGUCCAGAAUCUAUGAUUAAUUUCAGACCCAUUACACUCGAGAUAGCGUGGUUCACACAAUUGAUCAUCAUUCAGAGAGA